AUGGCCGAGGCCGAGCGAAAAGACAGAAUUAUAUUUGCGACCAAGGAGGACCAUGAGACACCAAGCAGUGCUGAGCUGGUUGCAGAUGACCCGGAUGACCCUUAUGAAGAGCAAGGAUUGAUAUUGCCCAAUGGAGAUAUCAAUUGGAAUUGCCCGUGUCUGGGUGGAAUGGCUAGUGGUCCCUGUGGGGAACAGUUCAAGUCAGCCUUUUCUUGUUUCCACUAUAGCACAGAAGAAAUAAAGGGAUCAGACUGUGUGGACCAAUUCCGUGCCAUGCAGGAAUGCAUGCAAAAAUACCCAGAUCUUUACCCUCAAGAGGAUGAAAAUGAAGAAAAAGAGAAGUCAAGCAAAGAUUUGGAAGCUACUCCUAUGGAGGCUUCUGCUGCCAAAGAGGAGAAGGGAUCUAGCUAAUGAAGAUGCAAGGAGGCUGUUGUCUCCAUUUCUCAUUUUCAGAGACAUGGACUUUUGCAGUAUGUCUGUCUUCUAAGUUGUCAAGAAAUGUUUCACCAUUGUUCUAUACACUGUAUCAUACUAAAUAAUUUAUUGCCGAAGGACAAAUCUCAGUGCUACAGCCUUGCAAAUAAAUACUGCAAAAAGAAUGAGUAUGUGUAUGUAUUGUGUAACCUGCUAUCAGACACAGUUAAUACUUUAACACCUGUUUUUACCCUCAAGUUCUCUUUGAGUUUUGACUUGAAUAAUGGGUAUGAAUAUAUAUAGCUUUCAACAAAAAAUUCCACUAGCACACCAGGUCUGUCUUCAUUUCAGUAUGUUCUGAUCAAUAGCUGCUCUCUUUUAAUGUAUUCUGUUCUUUUAAUAGAAAUUGCGUUAAAUGAUUGUUUUUCCUUAAAGAUUUUUUUUUUCAAGAAUGAUACAGGACUUUGAAAAUGGCCUAAAUCUAGAAUUUGUAAUAUAAUUUCAAAUGUUCUUAUUAGAUUAUGGUUGCAUUUUACUACCAGCAUCAGGUAAGGACUUCCAGAAAAACAUUGACGUGUGCAUCUGCUUUGAUUUAAUUUACUUACUGUGAUGGCUUUUGCAUUUUUAAAAAUGGUGUGUUGUACAACCAAUGAUAAAGAUGGGUGGAAAGAAUGUUUGUCACUGGCUUUAUUUUUGCUCUGAAACCACAGGUUUUGGAU